AACCCUUAGCACCGAAUCCAGAUAAGGACAAGACAGUAAGAAAGGGAUCAUCUUUAGAGUUGAUUGAAAAUAACUCUAGCAUGAAAGGGGAUGAGAUCACUAUUACCUCACUAGAAAAUGCAAUCAAAGACAUGGUCGAAGCAACAGUCACAUCUCCUCUGUCAGAAGAAAAGAAUUCCAUGAAAAAAGAAGAAACCUUGACGGACAAGGAAUCUGACUCUUCCGAUUUCGUCUAUAUACAACCACCGAUUUUAAAUACCUCA